AUGGCCCCGACCCCCACUGGCCAGAAUGUGCACGACUUGCAGCGCCUUUCAGUCAUAAGCAUCACUAAGGAGAGUGUUACUAAGGAUUCCACUACAAGCUACGCUGGUAUCAAAACACCCCAUGACGCCCCAGAAUUGCUUGAGGAUGGUGCUCUUCGUCCGGGUGGUAUGCCCAACCUGUUGAGUCGGGACCACAUCGGUCUGAUCUUCCAGUACGCAGCUGUCGGUGUCGUUUACGGUAUGCUUCCAGAAACGAUAUACCCGUUCAUGCAACAGUACCUCAACUGUAGUGGUGCUCAGGUCGCUGCCGCCAAGGAGCUUGUCAUCCUACCGUGGAGCUUCAAGGUGUUCUACGGUAUCAUAUCAGACUGCUUCCCCGUUUUCGGUUACCGUCGUCGUCCGUACAUGGUGAUCGGCUGGACCGUUUGCAUUGGAAUGCUGUUGCUCAUGGCUAUCAUGCCCAUUGGCCAGCCGUACUACACUGUCGCAUCUGACCGCAAAGUCAACGUGGCUGACUACACUCCCGAGAUCGAGGCCCGUCUCAACCAUAGUGCACCUGGUGAAGGCGCCAAGUACGUCGUCAUCAUGUUCUUUGCUGCGUUCGGCUAUGUGCUGUCCGACGUGUGCUCCGAUAGUAUCGUGUGCGAGCUCGCCCAACAGGAGCCGAUGGCUAAGCGUGGAAAGACGCAGUCGGCUAUCUACACGGUGCGUACGACUCUGGUGAUUUUCGGUGAGCUACUCGUCGGCUUCUGCUUUAACGGUGAGGACUACGGUGGCGACUUCGACUUCUCGCUGAGCUUCCCGCAGCUUAUGAUCAUUAUGGUGGCGCUCACGGCUCCUGCGAUCCCUCUUACCUGGUACUUUAUCAAGGAAGAGAAGGCCGAGCGUCUGGACUUUCGCAAGUACAUUAAGGAAUUCUGGGACUUGCUCUGCAAGCGUGUGGUGUACCAGGUCAUCGCCCACCACUUCUUCGCCGGUAUCUUUUCCGGUAUUUCGUACACGGCCAGUUCUCCAGUGCAGUCGUACAUGGUAGGUGUUACCCCUAUCAACAACAUGUUGAACGACGUCCUCGGUCACUUGUGCUUCAUGAUCGGUAUCAUUGUCACAUCCAAGUACGGUCUCCACUGGGACUGGCGAUACAUGAUCGUUGCGACGGGUAUUGUCGUGAUUAUUGUUGACUGCUCGGUUGCUCUCAUCACGGUGUGGGAUAUCUUCCGCAAUCAGUGGUUCUGGCUUGGCCCUCCUAUUGCUGUGCAGAUUCCCAGCGGUGUUGCUUGGAUCAUUGCACUAUUUGUGACGGUCGAGAUCGCCGGUGUUGGUAACGAAGGUGCUGUAUACGGUCUCAUGACGACGGUCGGUAACCUCGCCACGCCGUUCGCUACGACGCUGACUCUUCUUAUUAACGGCCCAUUCGACAUCACGAACGCCCGAGUGCAGACUGACGACCACUCGGUUCGCGUGGAUAUCACGUACACGGUCAUCAUCUCAUACGUCAUGAAGGUUUUGUCGUGGGCGUUCCUGGUUCUGCUUCCGCGUCAGAAGAAGGAGACCCAGGAGCUGGCUCUUAACGGUGGCUCCAACAAACUCCUCGGUGGCCUUACUGUGGCCUACCUGUCGUUCGCGUUAGUGUGGUCUUUGAUGGCCAACACCUUGGCCAUCUUCGAUAGCACUUCGUGUUUACUGAUUGCCGGUGGCAAGGGCUGCUAA